CCUUGUGGAGUCCGAAACGUGGCCACGCCCCGGUCACCGGAAAAAUCCGUGUGACGUCACAAAAACCUACGCGUCGCGCGGUGGGCGGGAGUUGGCGGACGGUCCCUGGCUGCGUUCUGGAGGCCCUGGGACAGCGGAAGAGGCUUCAGACGCUGCAGCGAUGCCUCGCCCACGGCGGGUCAGUCAGCUCCUGGAUCUAUGCCUUUGGUGCUUCAUGAAGAAUAUUUCCAGAUAUCUCACAGACAUUAAGCCUUUGCCUCCCAACAUAAAAGACAGACUGAUUAAAAUAAUGAGCAUGCAGGGACGGAUAACAGAUUCAAAUAUAAGUGAGAUUUUACAUCCUGAAGUCCAAACUCUAGACCUACGGAGCUGCGAUAUAUCAGAUGCUGCUCUCCUGCACUUGUCUAACUGUAGAAAACUGAAGAAAUUAAAUUUAAAUUCUUCAAAAGGGAACCGAGUUUCUGUAACUUCAGAAGGAAUAAAAGCUGUGGCUUCAUCUUGUUCAUACCUACAUGAAGCUUCUUUGAAAAGAUGCUGCAAUCUCACUGAUGAAGGAGUCGUUGCUCUUGCACUCAAUUGCCAGCUGCUAAAGAUCAUCGAUUUAGGUGGCUGCUUAAGUAUUACUGAUGUGUCCUUACAUGCACUAGGAAAAAACUGCCCAUUUUUGCAGUGUGUUGACUUUUCAGCUACUCAGGUAUCUGACAGUGGUGUGAUUGCACUUGUUAGUGGACCUUGUGCCAAGAAAUUAGAGGAGAUUCAUAUGGGACAUUGUGUAAAUCUGACUGAUGGGGCUGUAGAAGCUGUCCUUACUUACUGUCCUCAGAUACGUAUAUUACUCUUCCAUGGAUGCCCCUUGAUAACAGAUCAUUCACGAGAAGUGUUGGAGCAAUUAGUAGGCCCAAACAAACUAAAGCAAGUGACAUGGACUGUUUAUUGAUGCUUUUUUGAAGAUGAUCAAUACUAGGAAAGCUUAUCAAAACUACUUUCCCAGGAAACCAUCUAUAGAGAUUUGCAUUCUAUUUAAUGUUAACACUACUUUUAAUUAUUUUAUUGUCUUAAGUUAUAACUCUCAGAGAAUUAGCUGAGUCUUGGUAUAUACAUGUUUGUGCUUUACUCUUAAACAUCUUAAUAGUGCUAUUAUUCUAUA